CUGAGACUAUCGGAAGAAAACCGAGCUCCAACUGAGAUUAUUUAUUUUGAACGGUCAUGCAACACGGAAUUCCAAGUCGGGAACUCGGGACUCUUUUCAGAACUCCGACUUUCCACCUGGAAAUCUGACCUCGUUUGUUCCGAGUUGUCUUGAACGCACCAUAUGUGUCUAACAAGCUAACUAGCUGUGAUUGAAGGGAACAGUAUCUAGCAAGCACAAUUGAAGUUGAAGCAACAAUCUUGCCAGCUACCCACCUCACUGAGUGCACAUGGAGAUCAAGCUGCUGGACAGCUGGUUUCAAGAGGCCAAGCAAUCCCUCUGCAAUUGCAUCUUUCCCUGAGGGAGUCUCCACAACAGCUAGGGCAGCCAUUCCUCUUCCAGAACCAGAAGUGAUAACAAGAAACGUAAAGCACGCCAGGAAGUAGCUUUGUGACGUAGCUGUAAAGCCUCUCCAUUUUCCGUCGUCAGGUAGUUAGCACCAUUUUGUAAGGAAAGGAGAGAGGGAGAAUAGGCUGGCCUCAGUUUAUAUAUAUUUUAAAGCAUAUACUGUUUUAAUCACUGUAGCUAGCUAGUGUAGUUCGUAUUUUAGUAGUAUCCGUAAGAGCAAGGUGAAAUAAAACAUCUAGUGAGUAGUGGAUCCAGAUCUGUCGGUCGUAACUAGCUUAACGUUAACUGGUCUAUCGCUCAAGCUAAGGAGCUUGCUAGCAAAGUGAUACACGAGUAUCGGCAAAACAAGCAACGAUCAAAGAGUUCCAGUGAAGUCAAAAUGAGUGCUCCCUCCUCCCAAAAAGUUGUGCUGAAAAGCACCACCAAGCAGUCCCUGAAUGAGCGCUUCACUACCAUGCUGAAGAACAAGGCGCCGGCAGUGGUGAGUGUGCGAGCCACCAUGCAGCAGCAACACAUGGCCAGUGCCCGCAACCGCCGCCUCGCCCAGCAAAUGGAGAACAGGCCCUCUGUGCAGGCUGCUCUGCACCACAAGCAGAGCCUGAAGCAGCGCCUGGGGAAGAGCAACAUCCAGGCCAGGCUGGGCCGGCCCAUCGGGGCCUUGAUGCGGGGAGGUGCUGGCGGCCGUGGAUUCGCUGUUGGAGGGAUGCGGGGGCGCUAUGAUGAGGUGAGCAUGGGCCAGAUGCGUGGCAGAGGGGGUCCAGGCCGUGUGGCCCUCCGUAGGGGGAUGCGUCAAAGAGGGGCUGCUGGUCGUGGAGGUGCCUUUGGCAGAGGAGCUGGAAGAGGAAUGGGAGCCAGGGGACGAGGCGGUCUGCGUGGGCGUGGUGGCUUCGCUGGCAGGGGUGGUGGCCGCGGUCGCGGGGGUGGAAGAGGAGGCCGCGGCAGGGGAGGUGGCCCAGGAAUGACCCGCGAGCAGCUGGACAACCAGCUUGACGCCUAUAUGUCCAAGACCAAGGGCAACCUGGAUGCUGAGCUGGACGCGUACAUGGCCCAGGCUGACCCAGAGGGCAUGGAGUGAACCAGGACUUCCACCGCAAGAGUAGGGACUCCUUCAACAGGCCCACACUGAGACAGUGCUGAUAACAUGAAAGACGCAGAGAGAAGCUUGUAUAGUACUAUUACACCAAACAAAUGUAAUGAUAAAUGCACUUACGUAAACUCUGUGCACUGUUUCACAUUACAUGGCAAAAAUGUGUGAUGUGAUCACAACCUCUGCUUGAAUAUACAACUCACAUUCACUGACGCACAUGCAUACAAACACACUUGUUCUAAAAUUGUGGGCCUAUGAAGAGAACUGUUUGAAAUUGAACUUUUUCCUGAAUGUGGACUUGACCAUUCUAUCAGUAUCAGUACAAAGUAGACUCGCACCGGCACAGUUUGAAACCUUUUUCCUGUGUGUGCAUGAAGAAUGCAAAGAUCUUUUAAACUUGAAUGGACGACACUGACCGGAGUAGACUUAAAGAACCAACAUCAUCAACGCUCCUGAAAUGCCUGCUUUUUGGACCAGAAUCUCUUGGCAGAAUCUGUUUUGAAGCUGAAUUGGGACUAUUACCGAACUUUGCGUCUAUGUCCAUAUGGUUAAAAGUGCUUUGGCUCCAUCAUGUCUAACUAGCAUCCACUUCUUAUAUUUCGUAAACCUAUUUUUUACUGCCAUGUUUUUAUGUUAGGAUUUGUAUUUAGUAUUGGAUGCUCCUUUUACUGUGUUAGCAGAAGUGUACAAGGACUUGACUCUCGAGUAGAAAAAUCUAAUGAAAAUUACAAGGGGAAUUCUCGAAAAUUCUUGUGUUUUUUUUAUUUAACGCCACCAACUUAAGCUUUGCUUCUGGAGAAUUUAAAUAUGUUGCUGUCUUUGGUUGAAACUCCCCUAACAGCAUUUUAUGGAUGCUUGUCAUACCAAAUAAGCAACUACACGAGAUGCUAAAUAUUUCAAUCCAAGUUGCAAAGGUGUGCGAGGGGUCAAUUGUAAGAAUUUUGAGAUGGUCUAUAAAAAACAGGUUGUUGUACACCACUCAUAAAGUGAAUUAAAAUGUUUUCAGAUUGUGUCCAUCUGGAUGAAACUAAACUCCAAAUGCUAUGUAAUUCCCUCUCCUUCCAACUGGUUAUUGUCAUAGAAUAGAGAAUAAAUGUUCAUCUUCUUUUAACAUA